GGGACAUAAUUGUUAAAGUAAGGUGGAACUGAAAAUUUAUGGUACUAGAUAGGGGUGUUCAUGUUGAUGGAGAAAAAUUACUAAAUUGAUAAUGACAUUUCACCAAAACUGAAAUGAUUAAAUGUGAGCUACGGAUAAGGUUGUGGAAGCCAGGUCUCCACUCUCCACUCUCGGUACCAGUAGUUAAGACAGCUCAUUAAGAUCUUCACCACCUGGCGGGUCCACGUGUCACUUUAUUGAUUUCCUGGAAAAGCAAAAAGGAGUUUUCUGGAGCUGAUAUGAAACAAUGGCAACGGCAAUGGCAAUGGCUCCAAGAAGCGCUUCAGGAACAGGAAACGAAGAAGAAGAAGUUGAUGAGACUGAUUUUGGCAUAACCAAAGGGAAUGGAGUGAAAGUGCUUUCCCAAAUGGGCCUCACAGCUCUCCCUCUCCAAUUCAUUCAGCCUCCGGAGGAGAGAUUCAGAACCAUGUCGUCCGUCUCCAUGCUACCCAUAAUCGACAUGUCACACGACGCCGCCGAUUCCAUCUGCGACGCCGCCGAGAACUGGGGCGUCUUCCAGGUGACGAACCACGGGGUUCCUCCGCGAGUGCUCCACAAUGCCAUGGCUGCGGCUCGCCGCUUCUUCGACAUGUCGCCGGAGGAGAAGAGCCGCUUCUUCAAGUUGAACGACAACUCGGCAACCUACGGCACCAACUUCGGCACUUCGCCCGAGAAAGCCUUGGAGUAGAAAGAUUAUUUGAACCUCUUUUACGUUUCUGAUGAUCACGCUUCUGCCCUCUGGCCGCCCCUAUGCAGAGAUGAAAUGGUGGAGUACGUGAAGAGCUCGGAAGGAGUUGUAAAACGAGUGGUUGAGAUUCUGAUGGAGAAGUUAGGCGUCGUAGAAAUUGACGAAACCAAACGAUCUCUGUUAAUGGGUUCCAAGAGAAUCAAGCUUAACUACUACCCCAUUUGUCCAAACCCUCACCUCGCCCUCGGGGUCGGCCGCCACUCCGACGUUUCCACGCUGACCGUCCUUCUGCAGGACCACGUCGGCGGCCUCCACGUGCGGCGACCAACCCACGGCGACGCCACAUGGGUUCACGCCUCGCCGGUGCCAGGAUCGCUGGUGAUCAACAUUGGGGAUGCGCUGCAAAUAAUGAGCAACGGGCGAUUCAAGAGCGUGGAGCAUUUCGUGGCGGCCAAUGGAAGCAGCAACAGAAUCUCGAUUCCCAUCUUUGUGAACCCAGAGCCGUCCGCCAUCAUUGGCCCUCUGUCGGAGGUUCUUGCCACCGGACAGAAACCAGAGUACAAGCAAGUUCUGUAUUCGGAUUACGUCAGGCAUUUCUACAACAACCCUCAUCAUGGCAAGAACAGCAUUGAGUUUGCCAAGAUCUGAUAUUUUGACAGUCUUUCUGUAUUUAGAAACUUUCCUAUGGCUCCUCUUAUGAGUAGAGGAUCCAAAAGUUCAUUCCUUGUUUGCCUCGUACAUAAUCUAGAGUUCGUAAUGUCUACAAGACUUCAAUUAUUGUUAUUAUUUUAGAGUUCAGCAAUUACAUGACUUCUAUUUUA